UCCAAAAUGGCCGACGUUUUUUACGUGACAUUAAAAAAAUAAUGAAAAAAGAAAAGAAAAAUCAGAUUGAACGGCUGUGAAAGUACAGAGUUAUUUCUUAGAGGCUAAGUGAUGCGUUCGAGUAACUCAGGAGCAAUCGGAGCAAAAAGAAAAGCAAAUUGUUUGGAAGAAGAUGAAGGAGCUUCGACCUCAAAACGAAGUAAGAAGAGAAGUGGACCCAGUGGAUUGAGAAGGGCUGGCCCUUACUUACUGGGGCCACGAUUAGGGAACUCUCCUGUUAGAAGUAUUGUACAAUGUCUCGCGAAGAAAGAAGGAACUGAUGAUUUUUAUUCGAUCAAAAUAUUAACGCUUGGAGAAGUCGGCCAUGAAACACAAGACGACAAGCAAGGAAAGAUGCUCCUACAUACAGAAUACUCACUACUGUCACUCUUACACGAUGAAGAAGGAGUCGUACAUCAUCAUGGACUAUUCAAAGAUGAAUAUAUGGAGGAAGGAGCCAGUGAAUCGGACAGCCAUAAUCGGAAUUCAAGUGAUAAGCCCGGUACAUCUUCCAAGAGUCGAACAGGAAAGAAGCGUUAUCGUUUGUGUUUAGUGCUGGACUGUUUAUGUGCCCAUGAUUUUGGUACAGGAACUGCUGAUUUAAUCAAUCUACAACACUAUGUUAUUCGUGAAAAAAGAUUAAACGAAAGAGAAGCUCUUAUAAUAUUCCAUGAUAUUGUACGAGUAGUCGAGUGCCUUCAUAAGAAAAACAUCGUUCAUCGAGAUCUCAAGCUUGGAAACAUUGUACUCAAUAGACGAACAAAGAAAAUUAGAAUCACCAACUUUUGUCUUGGCAAACACUUGAUCAGAGAGAAUGAUCUCCUCAAAGACCAGCGAGGAAGUCCAGCCUACAUCAGCCCUGACGUGCUAAGUGGCGCUCCAUACUCAGGAAAGGCUAGCGACAUGUGGGCAUUGGGUGUGGUGCUGUAUACCAUGUUGUAUGGCCAGUUCCCUUUUUACGACAGUGUUCCUCAUGAACUUUUCAGGAAGAUCAAGAGUGCUGAGUUUAUUAUACCAGGAGAAAGUCUUGUGUCAGAGUCAACUAAGUCUUUGAUCCGAUUACUUUUAACCCUGGAUCCAAACAAGAGGUUAUGUGCGACGGAGGUUCUUGGCUUCCUACRGAACACAAUGACUACAUGGUAUCAUUUGGCAAGUAAUGGCGAAACUCCUCAAGUUGUUCCAGAUUUGGAAGACUCAACUGAAUCAAACUCGCAAGAAAAAGACAAGAAUAUCCCACCAGAAUUAGAUUUAAGGUUUCAUAAAUUAAGUGAUGAAUUCUAUAAACAAGAACCACUGGUAGGGAUAACACAAGAGGUUGUAUUACAACCUCCAAUUAGAAGGAUAACGGAGGAUGCAAGACCAUUGACUGCUGCAGAAAUACUUGCACAUCGACAUCUUCUUUAGCAGGAUUCUUUUCUAUAUAAUUUAGCUACAAAUGCAAUUUAUUCAAUGCAUUGUAUUAUAUACAUAAAAAGAAUAUCUGAAGAUGAACAACCCUUGACUUCUGCAGAUAUCCUUAUAACCUCUACAACACAUUUGUUCCCACCUAAUUUUCCUUAAGGCAUUAUAUUGUAUCUUAUCGUAUUAUUAAUUUCAAGUCUAAUUGUAAAUAACCUAAAAUUAUUGUUUAUGACAAUUGAAUAUAUACAAUAUAAAUAAGACAGACUGGGAUAAUGUAGUGUUUUUCUGUACAUAGGAGGCUGUUUUUCAGGCAGAAUAUUUCUCAGUAGUUGCUUUUCGUUCCCACCCAUACAUGCCCAGGUUUCAUUUUGAUUUCAAUUUAUUUUAUAAUUUAUAGCUUUUGUUCACAAGUUCAAAUCCUAGCAGUCUUAGAAUGGGAAUGCAUGUGUAAAGUGGGAAAGAUAUUGACACUGAGAGGGGAAUAAUAUAAUGAAGUACAGACAGUGCAGCAGACUAAACUAAGUGCAUCAUGGCUAACAGAUAACAGUGUUUAAUCAUAAUGAAUGGUAUUAUAUAUAUGUAUAUGUACCUAUCAGGAAGGAUGCUACUUUGAUUUUCAACUUUGCCAUAGACAGGAAGUCUCUGCUAGUCUUUUGCUGUAAGAUAGAAGAACAAUCAUUAAACGAAUAGAAUAUGG